AUGGAUGGUGGUGGUGGUCCAAUACAUAGAGCUACUGGUUUAGGGAAAGAGGGUUUUUCCAAUUGGAGAAAUAAUCUUAACCCAAUGGAUGUCUUUUCAAGAUCCACAAGUAGGGCAGAAGAUGAAGAGGCACUGAAAUGGGCUGCAAUUCAGAAGUUGCCUACCGUUAAUCGUUUGAAGAAAAGUUUAUGGAUUUCAACAGAAGAUGGUGGUGGAGCCAGUGAAGUCGAUGUGCGUAAACUUGGACCCCAAGAAAGAAGGGCAUUGAUGGAGAAGUUACUGAGGGUUCCUGAAGAAGAUAAUGAGAAGUUCUUGUUGAGGCUCAAGAGCCGGUUUGAUAGAGUUGGAAUUGAAUUUCCUACCAUUGAAGUUCGGUUUGAGCAUCUAAAUGUUGAAGCAGAAGCACUAGUGGGAAGCAUGGCCCUGCCGACGUUCCUCAACUUUGGAACUAAUUUGUUAGAGGAAUUAUUGAAUUCUCUCCAUCUUCUUUCAAGUAGAAAGAAACACUUGAAUAUACUCAAGGAUGUCAGUGGAAUUAUCAAGCCAUCCAGAAUGACUUUGCUAUUGGGUCCUCCAAGUUCCGGAAAGACCUCACUUUUAUUGGCUUUGGCCGGAAAGCUCGAUUCCAAACUUAAGGUUUCUGGGAAUGUGACAUACAAUGGUCAUAGAAUGGAUGAAUUUGUGCCUCAGAGAAGUGCAGCAUAUAUCAGCCAACAAGAUCUCCAUAUGGGAGAAUUGACUGUCAGGGAAACAUUGGCGUUCGCUGCAAGGUGUCAAGGAGUUGGAACUCGCUAUGAUAUGUUAUCUGAGCUAUUAAGAAGAGAGAAAGAUGCGAAUAUCAAACCUGAUCUCGAUAUUGAUACCUUCUUGAAGGCAACAGCAACAGAAGGCCAGGAGAUCAAUGCGUACACAGAUUAUAUUCUCAAGAUUUUAGGACUAGAAGUCUGUGCAGAUACUGUGGUUGGAGAUCAGAUGAUUAGGGGAAUUUCGGGGGGACAAAGAAAGCGUGUUACAACAGGUGAGAUGCUUGUUGGACCGGUGAACGCAUUGUUUAUGGAUGAGAUAUCGACUGGCUUGGAUAGCUCAACAACUUUCCAGAUUGUGAAUUCAUUAAAACAAUUUGUUCACAUUCUUAAUGUAACUUGUAUCAUCUCUCUUCUCCAACCAGCGCCCGAGACAUAUAAUCUCUUUGAUGAUGUGAUUCUUCUAUCAGAAGGUCAGAUUGUGUACCAGGGUCCCCGUGAAUUUGUGCUAGAAUUUUUCGAAUCCAUGGGAUUCAGGUGUCCAGAAAGAAAAGGCGUAGCAGAUUUCUUGCAAGAAGUGACAUCAAUGAAAGAUCAACAGCAAUAUUGGGCAUCUAAAGAGUAUCCGUACCGUUUUGUUACAGUAAAGGAAUUCUCUGAAGCAUUCCAGUCAUUCCAUGUGGGAAGAAAACGCAGAGAUGAUCUUGCAAAUCCAUUUGACAAGCGUAAGAGUCAUCCUGCCGCGUUGACAACCAAAAAGUACGGAGUCAACAAUAAGGAGUUGCUUAAAGCUUGCUUCUCAAGGGAAGUGUUGCUUAUGAAGAGGAACUCAUUUGUUUACAUUACAAGACUGGCACAACUCGUUAUAAAUGGGCUGGUUGGAUCGACAAUCUUUCUACGGACGGAGAUGCAUCGAGACUCUGUAAUUGAUGGAGGAAUUUACAUGGGUGCCUUGUUCUUCACUAUCAUAAACAUUUUCUUCAAUGGCAUGGCAGAAUUUCCCAUGACUAUUGAAAAACUUCCGGUGUUUUUCAAGCAAAGGGACCACUUUAUCUAUCCUGGGUGGGCGUAUUCUCUUCCAAUUGCGAUCCUCAAGAUUUUCAUAGCAUUCGUGGAAGUAGGAGUUUGGAUAGUUAUCACCUAUUUUCUCAUUGGACUUGAUCCAGAUGUUGGAAGGUUUUUCAAACAGCUUUUCUUGCUAUUGGUUAUUCACCAGAUGGCUUCUGCAUUUUUUCGAUUUAUUGCUGUAUUGGGAAGGAAUGUAGUUGUUGCCAACACAUUUGGGACAUUUGCAAUUUGCAUACUUGUAACAUUGGGUGGCGUGGUCCUUUCACGAGAUAAGAUACAAGUUUGGUGGCAAUGGGGCUACUGGAUUUCACCAAUGAUGUAUGGGCAACAUGCAAUAGCGGUUAAUGAGUUCCUUGGAGAUAGUUGGCGUAAGGUUCUUCCAAACUCAACCGAAACUCUUGGAGUGUCAGUUUUGAGAUCUAAGGGGUUCUUCCCAUACUCAUAUUGGUAUUGGAUUGGAUUAGGGGGAUUACUCGGAUACUCAGUAUUGUGCAACAUAGGAGCCACUUUGGCUUUCUCUUUUCUCAAUCCAUUUAGAAAGCACCAGGCUGUUUUACCAGAAGACUCCCAAAAUGAUGCUGACAAAACUGGAGGGUCUGUUCAGUUAUCACUCCAUGGACAUAAACGAAAAACAGAGAGUCGAAGGGGAACUAUUAGAAGCACCUCAUCUUGGUCAUCAUCCAUACGAGAGCCAGAAGCUAAACAUAACAAGAAAACUGGAAUGGUUCUUCCUUUUGAACCCCAUUCAAUCACCUUUGAUGAAAUCACGUACUCCGUCGAUAUGCCACAGGAAAUGAAACAUCAAGGUGUCCUUGAGGACAAAUUGGUUCUUCUGAAUGGUGUAAGUGGUUCUUUCAGGCCUGGUGUCCUUACAGCCCUAAUGGGAGUAAGUGGUGCUGGUAAAACUACUUUGAUGGAUGUACUAGCGGGCAGGAAAACUGGUGGUUACGUUGAGGGAAAUAUCACAAUUUCUGGAUACCCAAAGAAGCAAGAAACAUUUGCUAGGAUUUCUGGAUAUUGCGAGCAAACUGACAUCCACACACCUCAUCUCACUGUAUAUGAGUCCUUGCUCUACUCUGCUUGGCUUCGUCUCCCCCCUGAAGUGGACGAUGAGACCAGAAUGAUGUUCAUUGAGGAAGUCAUGGAGCUUGUAGAACUAAACCCACUGAGGAAAGCUUUAGUUGGGAUGCCUGGAGUCGAUGGACUGUCAAUUGAGCAGCGGAAGAGGCUUACAAUAGCAAUCGAGCUAGUGGCAAACCCAUCCAUUAUAUUUAUGGAUGAGCCAACUUCAGGUCUGGAUGCAAGAGCUGCUGCCAUUGUUAUGAGAACAGUUCGAAACACUGUUGACACCGGAAGAACAGUUGUGUGCACAAUCCACCAACCAAGCAUUGACAUAUUUGAAGCUUUUGAUGAGCUAUUCCUAUUGAAGCAAGGAGGACAAGAGAUAUACGUGGGUCCUUUGGGUCGCCAUUCAUGCCAUCUUAUCAGAUAUUUUGAGGAUAUUCAAGGGGUCAAUAGAAUCACAGCUGGUUAUAAUCCAGCUACCUGGAUGUUGGAAGUUACAGGUUCAGCGCAAGAAAUAGCUCUGGGGGUUGAUUUUACUGAACUUUACAGAAGUUCAGAACUGUACAGGAGAAACAAAGCACUUAUUCAAGAUCUAAGUACGCCGCUUCCUGGUUCGAAGGAACUGCAUUUUCCUACUGUCUACUCGCAGUCAUUUUUCGUCCAAUGUCUUGCUUGCUUAUGGAAACAGCAUUGGUCAUAUUGGCGCAACCCAUCAUACACAGCCGUAAGGAUGAUCUUCACGACAAUCAUAGGGUUGAUGUUCGGGUCAAUAUUCUGGCACUUAGGAUCCAAAGUGGAAACCCGACAAGAUCUUUUUAAUGCGAUGGGUGUGAUGUACACUUCCGUUGGCUUUAUUGGGAUCCAAAAUGCAGGAACUGUGCAGCCCGUUGUGGCCAUUGAAAGAAUGGUCUUCUACAGAGAAAGAGCUGCUGGAAUGUAUUCAGCCCUGCCAUACGCCAUUGCCCAAGUGGCUAUUGAAAUCCCGUAUAUUUUUGUUCAAGCUGUAGUUUUUGGCGUUAUCGUCUAUUCCAUGAUUCAAUUCCAGUGGACUGCUGUUAAAUUCUUGUGGUUCUUCUUCUUCCUGUUUACCCUGUUAUUGUACUAUACAUUCUAUGGCAUGAUGGCAAUAGCCUUGUCACCAAAUCAACAAGUCGGAUCUAUAAUGUCCUCCGCCGUUUACGGAAUGUGGAGUCUCUUUUCAGGAUUCUUGAUCCCAAGAACCAGGAUUCCAAUCUGGUGGAGAUGGUACUACUGGGCAAAUCCAUUGGCCUACAGCUUGUAUGGAUUCAUUUCAUCGUUGUUUGGUGACUUGAAGAAUAGGCUCGACACAGGAGAAACAGUGGAAGAAUUCAUAGAGAGUUAUUUCGGUUUCAGGCAUGAUUUCAUUGGAGUUGUUGCAGCUGUGACAAUUGGGUUUACAGUCCUUUUUGCAUUCUUGUUUGCCUUUGGUAUUAAGGUACUUAACUUUCAACAGCGAUAAGAAGUGUAUCGAUUCAUGUAGAACCAAACAAGAAGAAUGUGAAAUAAAGCU